GCGCCGCCUGGGGAGAGCGGGCUGCGGGCACUUGAGACAUGGCGGCCGUGGCUGCGACUACUGCGACCAAGGGGAACGGGGGCGGCGGCGGCGGCGGCCGGGCCGGGGCUGGCGAAGGAAGCGGCGCGCGGAGGAAAAAGGGCCCGGGGCCUGUGGCCACGGCGUACCUGGUCAUCUACAAUGUGGUCAUGACGGCGGGGUGGCUGGUUAUAGCAGUUGGUCUGGUGAGAGCAUACCUGGCUAAGGGAAGCUACCAUAGUCUUUAUUACUCAAUUGAAAAGCCCUUGAAAUUCUUCCAGACUGGAGCCUUACUGGAGAUCUUACAUUGUGCUAUAGGAAUUGUUCCAUCUUCCGUUGUCCUGACUUCCUUCCAGGUGAUGUCACGAGUUUUUCUUAUAUGGGCAGUAACACAUAGUGUCAAAGAGGUGCAGAGUGAAGACAGUGUCCUCCUGUUUGUCAUUGCCUGGACAAUCACGGAAAUUAUCCGUUACUCCUUUUACACAUUCAGUUUAUUAAACCAUCUGCCUUACCUCAUCAAGUGGGCCAGGUACACACUUUUCAUUGUGCUGUACCCGAUGGGAGUUUCAGGAGAAUUGCUCACAAUAUAUGCAGCUCUGCCCUUUGUCAGACAGGCUGGCCUGUACUCCAUCAGUUUACCUAACAAAUACAAUUUCUCCUUUGACUACUAUGCAUUCCUAAUCCUGAUAAUGAUCUCCUACAUUCCACUUUUUCCCCAGUUAUAUUUCCACAUGAUCCACCAGAGAAGAAAGGUCCUUUCUCAUGCUGAAGAACACAAGAAGUUUGAAUAGUUUCUGCUUUCUGCACAAAUGCCCCUAAAACCAAACUUUCAUUGAUCAACAACAACAAAAAAAUAAUGCUGCAGACUUUUUUUGAGUUCCCAAUAUGUUUCUUAAAAAAAAAAAAAAAAAAGUAAGAACUAUUUUUAAAAUAUUUAAAAAAACAAAAACAAACAAAAAAAAAAAUAACCUAACUAAAAACCAAAACCCAGUGUCACAUGGGCCUGGGAUUUUAUAUUUAAAAAAAUAACAAUUUAUAAGGCUGUUACAUAAAGCAUCCUAGCCCAUCCCUUCAGCAUGCUCUUCUAACCAGAAGUUGCCAGCAUUUAUGAUGGCACUAGAAAGAGGUUUGGCAUUUUACCUCCUCCCAUGUCCACGUAUCUAAUAAGUAAAGAUCUGUAACACUAAGUGCUUGAGAGUUACAGACUGUAAUGAAGUCGCACCAGCUGACUGCCCAGCUUGCGGUAGGAGUUCUGUUCAAGUCUGCAGUGUGUUUAGCAUUCCUUUCUCAAAGCGCUUGACUGCAUGCUGGAAACCUUGUAUUUUUGAAGUGGCAAAUCGUCCUCUGGAAUGCCCUGAGAUUCUGGCUGGUACCUAGCCUGCCCUAUCUAGUGAAUGAGUUACAAAUGUGUGUGCCUGUGAAGCACUGGGGUAGUGCCUGUAACCAGAAAACUACUAAGACCCCCUCAUUUGUUUUCAAUGGAAUCAUCACUGCCUGCCUGCCACUAAGAAAUGUGCUUGAAUUUAGUAUGUGUAUAUUGUAAAGAAUCUGCCUUUCCUGGGGCUCAGCCUCCGUCAUAUUUUAACAAGCAACAGUGCUUAGAGAGGGUUUCAAAGCAGUGUAGGACUGGCUCAGAGCAUGUCUCAGUAAUGUAUUGGCCAAGAGCUACAUUCUCUUAUUUAUAGACUCAAAGCCCAUCUCAUCACGUAGGGGGAAAUAAUCUGUCAUUCAAGGUAUGUGGAAGGUGUGGCUUACAAAUGCAGUCUCAAGAAACAUUCAGGAGUAGAUUUAUGUACUUGUUUCUUCAACUUAAUUUUUUUUUCUCUUGUGUUUAGUUUUCCUAAUUAUGGUAGCGUGUUAACGCCCACCAGGUUGUGGCAGCCUGUGGUCUAGCUGGGCUGAAAGCAGGAUUGUCUUUAUCUGUGGGAGCUCUUCCUCCAGACGCUACCUGAUGUGUGUCUUCACAGCACGCAAUCACUCAGCCAUUUAAACCCCUCAGGAAAGGUUUGGAUGAGGCAGGUGGUACUUCCUGCCAAGCCCGCCACUUCCUGGCAGGGCACUCAAUGAACUCUUCUUCCUUAAAAAUGUAUUAAUUUAAAACAAAACAAAACAAAAGGUUUGGAUGAAAAGGUAAAGCCCAAGUUUGGCUAGAUUUUAAACAUAGCAUUUUUAUAGAACAUUCUUUUCUUGUUUUGUUUUGUUUUUUUCUCUCUCUCUUUUGGGGGAGAUCUUUUAAGACUUUAAAAAUCUAGCAAUUACCAUUUAAAUACAGUGGUUCAUACCAGAAGAAUGUCAUAAUGAAAAACUAAAUUUCACAUGCUUAUUUUCAUAGCUUGAAAACUAAUGCAGACAGGUGUAUAAUAAAUUACCUUUCACUUGGACAUUAAAAUUCUGCUUCAAGUCAGCACUUUUAACUUGGAUAUGUUGAAAUUAGAAUCUAUACCUAUAGCCUUAUUACUUUAUUUGGUUAAGGUCACUUCAAUUGUUUUUUUUGAAUAGUUGCAGAAGAUGGGAUGAAAAACAAAAUGUGAGUUUCCCAGCAUUGUGGAAUGUAAAUUCGAUUCAGGCUUUUUUCUUAUGAUUUGUCACUCUUUGUGGAGAACAUUCUAUUGCAGUCAGUGGUAUUGCAUCAGAUUGAACUUUGGCCACGGGAACAAACACGACCAACGAUUUCUCUGACCAAAAGGGUCUCCGGUACAGAGAGUGUGCUUGGACGUCAGUAUUUAACAUGUGCACGGUAGAUAAGAAGGCUUGGCCCUGUGUCUGUCCUUCAGUAACCCCCUUAGGACCUGGAUUUUGUUGUGCUUCCUUCUUAUCCUAAUGUGAAGUAACUUCUCCUUUGAACUAUCAUUCUUUUAUGACUUGGGAACAUCCAACCCCACCAGAUGCCUCAUCUUCUUGUAAGGUGUGUACGAGGAAGGUGACUGUCAGUGGGUAUCUAUCACACUUGGAGGUUUCAUUUGAGGGCAUACAUUGUCAAAGCUGUCACCUGCCCAGCACCCGCUAGACCACAUAUUUCACAUCCUCCCGAGGAACCCUCUCCUAGUGAGAAGUCUUUGAGGGUCACAGCAGUGCUUUGUUAAUCUGCAUCUUGCUGAUUGCUAAGGUCGCAACCACUCAUUUCCCAAGUGUCCCUCUUGAUCAAAGGCCCCAUGGGGUCCGUCAUGCAGUAAAGUGCUGUCCUUCCGGAUGAGACCCUCCCUCCAGGCAGGAAGAAAGGUGCAGAGCUAAGGAGACAGGCGAAGAGGGUCCACCCUCAGUUCUCACUUGUGCUGGUUAUUCGUUUCUAAUACAAGCCGGGCCUUGCUGUGGUCCAACCUGAAAAUUAUUUUCAGUUCUGAGUUUCAGUUAAACCAUUAUAAAGCAUCAAAAUGAAUACACACUGCUCUUUGAAAUUUGGGUAAAAAAAAAAUUAUACAACCAUAUGUAUAGUCAUUUUUGUAUUUUUUCUAUGUUGUGAAAACCAAAAUUGUAAUUUUCUAAGUCUUUGAUUCACUAAAAUUAUAUAAUUUAAAUGUAUUUUUUGUAUAUUCAGAAAUGAGUUCAAAAACUGCUUAAAUUUCUAUGCAUGCAUUUGAGAGCUGUUUUUAUCUGACAACAUUAAUGUAGUAACGUUAUAUUCCUAAAAUGCCAAUGUGUGUUGCAUUUCAAAAUAAACUGCCGUGUGCUUUUGCCUGGA